GCCCCAGGGAGGAAGAGGGUGGGUGGGCUGAGAGCAACUACGGCGGCGAGGCCGGCCUUUCCCCACAACACCCUCCACCACACGCGCCCGACGACCUUGUGUGUGGGUUAGAAGCUUCCCCGGAGCUCCUCGGACCGGCGCCAUGGCGACUGCUGCGGAGAUGGAGUCUCCUACGCCGACGGACACAAGCAGGGAAAGCGGCGGCGGAGACGAAGAGAUGAAGCAGGCGCUUCCGGAGCUGGAGUCUGCCCCACAAAAUGGCGGCGCUGACGACCUCCUCAUCGCCGAGCCCGGCGGCGGAGGCGGCGGCCUCGGGCCUGAAGAGACGGCGGGCACCGAAGGCCCCCAGAGCGUCGGCCACGAGCGGCCUCAGGACUCCUCAGAGACGGGCGCGGCCGCUCUACCCAAAGGCCCCGGAGAGCCCGAAAGGCCAAGUAGGAGGAGUUUUCAGAUCCCCAGGAAGAGCAGAGAAAAGAAAGCACUUUUCCAGCCAUUAACUCCAGGUUCUCGAGAAUUUGAAGAUGUUUUAAAUAUUCUCCAUUCAUCUUACCUUGAACCAGCUUCAGUGGCAAAUUUUACCUACAAACGUGCUUGCUUGAUACAUAAUGAGCUCUUGGAAAAGGAGUUUACAGAAAAGCGAAAAGAAUUGAAGUCUGAUGGUCGUGUAGAUAAGGAACUUUCCGAAUCCUACGCGUUUCUCAUGGUUGAUCGAUACCAGGUUCAAGGCAUUUGUGAAAAAGGAUUGGAGGUUGGACAGUCCAAAAUAACAAUUCUUGGCAGUCCUUCCAUGGGUAUCUAUCUUUGUAGGUAUGCUGAUUUAUUGCAAGCUAAUCCUUUGGAAGCUGGGGCAGUGGGUGAUGUUGUUAUUUUUAAAAUAAUGAAGGGCAAAAUCAAGAGUAUAUUUGAUCCCAUGGCUGUUAAAAGUUUGGAAUCCAUGUUGAAUAAAAGUGCCUUGGAUCCAACACCAAAGCAUGAAUGUCAUGUGUCUAAGAAUGCUUGUAGAAUUACGUCACUUUUGGCAUACAGAGCCUAUGAGCUUACUCAGUAUUAUUUUUAUGAGUAUGGCUUUGAUGAGCUAAGGCGAAGACCAAGACAUGUAUGUCCGUAUGCGGUGGUGUCCUUUACGUACAAGGAUGAAAUACCGCCUCCCAAGUUUGCAACUUCACGAUCUAACAGCUUUAAUGCGGACAGAAACGUAGAUAAAUUUAACUACACUCUGUGGAAAGGACAACUUUUAAAUAAAGGAAAACUUCUGUGUUACAUUUCUUUGAGAUCACCUACUCGAGCUUUUUUGCCUGUCAAGCUUCCUGAGAAGUUAGAUGUUGAAACAGUUAUGAGUAUUGAUCAUCUGAAACAGAAAAUCCCUCCAGCACUGUUUUAUAAGGAAACAUACUUAGGCCCGAGUGAAGUUUUGAAGAAUGGGAUGUACUGCAGCGUUUAUGAAGUUGUAGAGAAGACAAGGAUUGGCAGUAACAUGGAGAGUUUACUGCAAAAACUGGAGAAAGAAAAACUGGUUCUUGUUAAACCUUUGCAAGACCGUGGAUUUCUUUUCUUACUUUCUUCACAUCAGAUGGUUUCUCCCUACGAACAUCAAACUGUCAAGUCUCGAUGUCUGCAUGCUUUGUUUCUAUUUCAAGAACCUAGAGGCAUACUUACCUCACAAAAGAUUUCAACCAGUGCUCCACCACAAGAGAAGCAUGAGAACAUGCCAGCUGUAUUAAAAAUAACUCAGUUUUUACAGUUUUCUUUGAUUCAGUGUCGAAAGGAAUUCAAAAGUAUAAAUACUAUAAAUUUUCAUUCUGUUGUUGAGAAGUAUGUAAGUGAAUUUUUUAAGCGAGGUUUUGGUUCAGGUAAACGACAGUUUAUCAUGUUUUCGUAUGAUUCAAAAUUAGAUAGUAGAAAGUUCUUAUUCUCAGCUCCAAAAAAUAAAGCCCAUAUCGAUACUUGCUUGCAUACUUACAUUUAUCAACCUGAAAUGUAUCAGUUACCCAUUUGUAAAUUAAAAGACUUAUUUGAAGAAAAUAGGAAACUUCAACAGUUCAGUCCACUUUCAGAUUAUGAAGGUCAAGAAGAAAUGAACGGUACAAGAAUGAAAUUUAGGAAACGAAAUAACUCAAGAGGUGAAACUGUUGUACCUGGGAAGCAAAAGUCAUCUCAUUCUUUGGAUUAUGAUAAAGAUAAAGUCAAAGAACUAAUUGAUCUGAUUCAGUGCACGAAAAAAAAUGUGGGUGGGGACUCAGACAUAGAAGAUAACAGGAGCAAAGCUGUCUUGAAGAGGAAGCAUGAAGAUCUGCCUGAACACAAGAGGAAACUUUCCAAAACCAGUAAUUUAUCUGAGAAUUACCAUCUGUAUGAAGAGUCUUCACAGCCUGUUGGUUCCCUUGGACAUGAUGCUGACUUGAGACAGCAGCAGCAAGACACCCGGAACUGUGGCACUGACGUCCACAGGCUGUUCACUUGGCUGUCAGAAACAUUAGCAAAUGCGCGGCACUCGGAUGCCUCCUUGACGGACACGGUUAACAAGGCCUUAGGACUGAGCACUGAUGUCUCCUAUGAAGAGCCGAGGCAGAAGCCGGAGUAUGAGGUAAACACUACCCCAGAUAAGAAAGAGCACGAGCAGCUUCCAUGCCCCAAGAUGGAAAACACCCAUUUUAAGGGCACUCGGAGUUCUGUGCUGGAAGUUGAUACAGCAUCUUUAAAGUAUCCCCGUGCCGCUGUUUGUUCCAGUGAAGACACGGAGCAUAAGCUACGUGUGAAAGAAGAUCCUAACUUUAUUAACGUGAAUAAUUUUGAAGAUUGCAGUUUGUGUCCCACUGUUUCUUUUGAACAUGGAUUCUGCAAACACCAAUCAAAGUCAAAUGAUGUUGAAGAGACUGAAAUACAUUGGAAACUGAUCCCAAUUACAGGAGGGGACGCAAGAAGCCCUGAAGACCAGCUAGGGAAGCAGUGUGAGAAACCAGCAUCAGGUAUGAAAUCACCAGAACAACCAGCGCAGGAGACCUUUCCUGAUGACCCUCGGGUAGUAAGCAGACAGAGAAGUUCUGAUGACCAGUUUUCAUCCUCUGCAUUCACAGACACGCGUAAGAGUACCACUGAGGAUGACCCCCUGACAGGGCAGGUGCCGCCCAUGGAGGAGCAGUGUGUGCCAGCAGCAGAGCUGCCUAAUGUGAGCGAACCCACAGAAAGAACAGUGUUAGGAGAGUACAGUGUCUUUUCUAGGAAGAUAGAAGAGAUUUUGAAGCAAAAGAACGUUUCGUAUGUUAGUAAAGGUUCCACACCAAUGUUUUCAACGCAAGAGAAGAUGAAACGGCUUUCUGAGUUCAUAUAUUCUAAGACUUCCAAAGCCGGUGUGCAGGAGUUUGUAGAUGGCUUGCAUGAGAAGCUAAAUACUGUUAUUAUUAAAGCAUCAGGCAAAGGAGGGAGUCGGCCACCAGUCAGUCCUCAUGAUUCUGGUGCUAAGGUCGCACUGACUCCUCUGGGAAGGCCUGGCGUACCAGGACCCUCGGGUGACUGCCACAGCACACAGCCUCUCGACCCACUUCCUAGUGACGCCUCGAAAGACACCAGCUCUGGUGAGCAGCAUUCCUCUUUGACUUUGGGUCAGCCUGAAGCACAAGUGAACCAGCCACUCCACGCCACAGAAUCAGCGGUGACUUCUGACCAUAAUGUACUUGGUGAUCCUGCCCAGGAACCAGUAGAAAAAGAAACCGUAAAGUCUCCUGAUGAUGUUAACAUUUCUGCCCAACCAUCUCUUUCAAAUUUUAUAAGCCAGUUAGAACCUGAAGUAUUUAAUAGUUUGGUUAAGAUCAUGAAAGAUGUCCAGAAAAAUACUGUGAAAUUUUAUAUUCAUCAAGAAGAAAACAGUGUGCUCUGUAAAGAAAUAAAGGAAUAUCUUACCAAAUUAGGCAACACUGAAUGUCAUCCGGAACAGUUUUUGGAAAAAAGAUCACAGUUAGAUAAACUGUUGAUUAUUAUUCAAAAUGAAGAUAUCGCAGACUUCAUUCAUAAGGUACCUGGCCUGGUGACUUUAAAGAAGCUGCCCUGUGUUAGUUUUGCUGGUGUUGACAGCCUAGACGAUGUAAAGAAUCACACGUACAAUGAACUAUUUGUAUCUGGAGGUUUUAUUGUGUCUGAUGACUCAAUUCUAAAUCCAGAAGCUGUCACAAUUGAGAGCCUUAAGAAUUUCCUGACAUUCCUUGAAGAACUUAGUACUCCAGAAGGAAAAUGGCAAUGGAAAAUCCACUGUAAAUUUCAGAAAAAACUAAAGGAACUGGGCAGAUUGAAUACUAAAGCUCUGAGUCUGCUGACGCUUCUGAAUGUCUAUCAGAAGAGACAUCUGGUUGAAAUUUUGUCCUACCAUAAUUGUGAUUCACAAACUCGAAAUGCUCCAGAACUGGACUGCCUUAUCAGACUUCAGGCUCAAAACAUCCAGCAGCGACACGUCAUCUUUUUAACAGAUAAGCACAUCAAGAUGCCUUCAAGUUACACAGAUAAUGGAAUAGUGGUUGCAUCUACUGAAGUGUUUAUGCAAAACUUUAAAAAUCUUGUGGGCUAUCAUAACUCAGUCACAGAAGAAAACUUCCCACUGCUUGGUGCUAAUGAAAACCUUGAGUCACAGUCAGCUCUUUUAGAAAACGAUGAAAAGGAUGAAGAGGAUAUGUCUCUGGAUUCAGGGGAUGAAAUCUCACAAAUAGAAGUAUGCAGCAAUUUUCAUUCAGAAAUAUUGACAGAAGAAACCAAAGGAUCAUGUGGAACAAAUCAAAAACAGAACUUUCAAGCUGAAUUGCAGUUGUCUCUUGACAUGCAAAAGAGGUCACCAGAAGAUAAGCCCUGUCACACUGACUCUGAAGAUGCAGCGUCUGUUGAUAUGGCAUGCUCAGAAGACGGGGACGGGGACUCAGCAGGGCAGGACUCAUCCAGCAACGUUCAGGUCUAUGACAGUCAAUUCAGUAUGUGCCAUCAGGUUAGCCAUUUUAAUGUUGUCACUCAUCAAACAUUUCUGGGCAUACCGUAUGUCCUUUCGUCAACCCAGUCUCCAGAAACUGAUCACUCUUUAUCUGCUUAUGCUCAAAGCGUGGAGGGAGACAAAGCUGAGUCUCCACUGAGCUGGGGGAAAAAUGAUUUUUCCCAGCCGUACUCAAAAGAGAAAUAAUUAUAGUAACUUUUUUUAUAUAUACAAAGUAGGUUGUUUUGGAUUUUUUUCUGUUUCUUAAAGGUGAUUAACAAUUUAUAUUUCAUUCUCAACACAUUUCCUGUCCUUUUUCAAUUUUUUUGGUCUUAUUUAAAUCAUGAAUGCCCUGUAACAGUUGUGAAAAUUUAAAUAAAUCUAUUUUUUAAAGUUUACUGUACUUGAAUUAUCUCAUGUUGGCACUUUUAAGUUUUACAUUUGUAUGUCAUGAAUAUUUGGGCUUCAAAUUGAAGCAUAUUUUGUAUGUAAAAUUAGAUGUCCUUUAGGAUGGUAAACAGGAGUGGCUUUACUUUUCAUGUCAAAUGAUAAAAAGUAUGUUUUUGCUGAAAUGAUCAACUAUUUUGAUUUGAGCUUUUGUACAGUGCUUUUAUACAGUUGUAAGGCAGUGACAGACGAUUUUGACUGA